AAUCCGUUGAAGGAUCGCCAUCUUUGAUCCUCGUGUGGUGAAAGUGUCUGCCUAAAAAGAUGCUAAAUAAUUUUGUAAAGGUUUUUGUGAAGUUCAUCUAGAUUUAAGUGUUAAUCCAGUGUAAAAAUGGAUAAGGACCUUAACGAUAGUGAUUGCCAGAAUUCGUCUAUAAGCCGUGAUUACGAGAACGAGCAGUCUUUAGUGGGAAAAUUUAAGAAGAAUGUAUCAGAAAUCAUAAACAACACCCCUCUUUCCAAAUGGUUUAAGAAGCAAAGCGAAACGCCGGUAUCUACACCUCGCAAACGUCAAGAUGAUUCGGACGAUGAAGCAGAUAUACAUGAGUUCCAGCCCCCUUCAAAACGUACCAAAUUACCACCUACUAAAGAAACUAUAAGUUUAAAUGUUAGUGAAGUGUUGAGUCCCAUUUCUAAAGUCAAUGAUGUAAAGAAUCCCUUAUAUACCAAUUUUCCUGAACCCAUAGCAGGACCUAGUGGAUACCAAACCCGUAAAUUGUUGAAUAGCACAUCAUUUACUAAAGAGGCCGCAUUUAAAAAUGCAAAAUCAGCUAGUGAAUCAACAAACUUGUUUAAAAAUCCUAAAAGUAUAGUUCGUGAUAGGAUAGGUGCUAGUAGUGCUAAUAAGGAUAUUAAUUCAGAUAGUGAAGAAUCUACUAGUGGUUAUUCCUCUGGGAGACUAGGCAGUAAAGAAGUUGUUAGUCAUGAGAGCUCAAAACAAACCUCACCUUUAGAAAGUAGUCCAAUUAAAGCAAGAUCUUUGUUUAGGAAUUCAAGUUCAGGAAGAAGUCUUUUUUCAGAACGCACAUUGAGCCCUCACAGGAACUCUAGUCUAAGCUCUAGAAUGCCUUCUUUCAAUCCUUCUAAUUUUGGAUCACAAAAUUUCGUCGAUCGUACAUUAUCAACCAAGAAAAUCUUGGAGUCUCCUUUCUAUAGUGGACGCACCAUCUACGGUGGGGCUUCAGCCUAUGGAAAAAGCAGUGGAAGAACUCCACAGGAUCUUAAGAAAGCCCUAAGACAGAGCGUAAAAAUUAAACCGGUCAAUAGAGAUGUGGAAAAAAGUGGCGAUGUUCAACUUGGAAAGACUGCCAGAAGGAUUUUAGACACUUUAGAGCAAUACAGUUCUCCGGUAAGCGACGCUAAAAAAAUUCCUGUUGUUUCAAAGAAAAUCAGAAGCGAAGGAGUAUUAACCAAAUAUAUUGGAGCCAAUCCGUAUACGGUUAGAGGGUCUCGCAGCGCUUCGAAUAGGGAGCUCCAGGUACCCUCUGUUACCGACUUGCUGAAAAUGAAAUUGGAUCAGCAAAAAACUAGGUUACAAGACAGCACGGAAGCUGUGAGGCAAAUCGCCACACAGUCCAAAAGUGCACUGAACGAAACAAGUUACCAGUUAGCCGUGCACAAAGAUACAGAAAAACAUACAGGGAAAAUAAAAAGGAAAAUCACUUCUGUCAGGCAAAAGAUCCAAAUUGAUGAAACUGUACCCGAGCUCAAGCUGAAUCCUGUAGCUUUACCUAUUAAGGAACUACCUAAAUUUGAUUUUGUUGUACCUCCACCUUCAACAAGCAAAGUAGUUGAUGACACACAGCCAAAAUUAACUGGUCUUUUUGGUAAAACUGUCACAACACCUCUUAAAGUUAAUGACAUGACAGAGAAAGAUAAAAUAACUGUGGAUGAUCAAAAGUCAGGUUCUGUGAAAGAAGAUAAAUUUGAAUUUAAGUUUUCGGCUCCCAUAGUUCUUGCCGAAUGUUCAAAAUCAAUCAAAGCUCUAAAUAACUUUAAAUUUAGCGAACCGCUUGUUAAGAAACGUAGAAGUAUUCAUUCUGACUCGAACAAUCAAGAAAAUGGUUCUGCUGAGUUGUUCAAAGUGAAGAAAAAUAAUGGAGAGAAUGUUUUGGGUGUGACUAGUGUCACUGAUACUGGUAAAAAAGAGAAAUGUGGUACCAAUAAUGGAAGUUGGUCGUUAGGGGACAAAUUUAAACCGAAAGUAGGAACAUGGGAGUGUUCGAUGUGCAUGAUUAGGAAUGAAGAUGAUAAGUUGAAAUGUGCGGCUUGUGAAACAUCUCGUUCCGCCACUGAAAAGCCCAAAAAUAUUAUAACAGAUUCGCCAUCUUUCUUCCCGUUGUCCACUGCACAGCCGACGAUCAACUUUUCUUUUGGCAGCAAAUCAUCUGUCGCACCUCCGCCGAGUAAUAGUUUCGGCGACAAAUUCAAACCCGCAUCGAACACUUGGGAAUGCCCCAGCUGUAUGAUACGUAACCAAGACAACGUGACUAUCUGCGUCGCUUGCAAAGAUACCAAACCGGGAAACAACGUGGCUCAACCAAAAUCGAUCACCAGCUCUGUCGCGGAUAACGGUGCUACGGGACCGUCGUUUGGAUCCAAGUUUGCCCCGCCUCCCAGUACGUGGGAAUGCUCCACGUGCAUGAUAAGAAACAAAGAGGAGCUUUCUGUAUGUGCAGCUUGUAAUAGCUUAAAAUCGGGUACAAAGAGUGUACUAGCGGUACAACAGUUAGGCGAGACUACGUUUGGUGCUGAAUUUAAGAAAAAAGAUAAUGAAUGGGAAUGUGAGAUCUGUAUGGUUAAGAAUCCGUUGAGCGCCACCAAGUGCCAGUGUUGCGAAAACCCGAGAUCGAGUACCUCCAGUCUGGCCGCGUCCACAACUACCAGCGGCGGCGCAUCGAAAAUACCUUCCUUCAGCUUUGGAAUCGACAAAAAUACGGCCAGCAGUUUUACCUUCGGCAUACCUCCUGGAUUACAGGAGGCGCCUAAAACGAACGCAUCCCUGGUAUUCGGCGAAAGUAAAGUCGACGGAAAGCAAACUACCGAACAAACAACGCCGACUUUCACGUUCGGUGUGCCACCAAAAGAUGCCACUAAACCCACGCAGUCUGCGACGGUCUUGCCUACUUCUUCCGUUACCAUCGCUACGGCCGGUGAUUCCCAGAAAAAUGACGCCUCGAAACCACCACCAGCGUACGCUAGCGGCAGUACUGCUGCUGUUUUAGGCACAACUGCGCCGAAAAAAGCGGAGGAUGGAAUUAGGAAAAAAGAAGAGCUAGAGGUUAAACCGACGAAUCCCCUACUAAAACCCGGCGAGAGAUUGCCGGAAAAGGCGGCAACAGCGCCCGCUGGCUUCAGUUUUGGAUUGCCCAAAGCGCCUGCGCUUUCGACAAGCGUUCCGUCGAUACCCAAACCCAGCUCCGACGUCACGACCUUCGACGACUCGCCCAGCAAGAAGACGAAACGGGCCAACGAAGAUCAAGCCGUCGUUCCGACGUUUUCGUUCGGCAGCGCGGCGGCAACAUCCUCGUCCAACGGCGAUCUAAUGAAAGCAGCGCCAUCUUUCAGCAAGCCCGCCGAGCAGAAACCUCCCACGACGAGCACGCCGUCGGGCGGUUUCGCCUUCAGCUUCGGCUCGGCGAAACCGGCCGCCGGCAGUGCCGAAGCCAGCCGACCGGCGCCGACUUUCGGAUCGUCGGCAACGAACGGGUCUAAAAAGGAAGACUUAUUCAAAUUUGCUACUUCAAGCUCGGAACCUCCGAAAUCAACGAACGGAUUGAACUUCAGCGCCCCCACUCAGCCAUUUGGCGCUAAAACCUCCACGGAAACCAAACCUUUCUCUUUCGGAACCCCGUCAACCCUACCGGCGGCAACGGCACCACAAGCAUCCCAACAAUCCAGCGCGCCACCCUCUUUCGGAUCGACGGCGCCGCUUCCCAAAACCACGCCCUCCUUCAAAUUCGGCUCCGCCUCCGACGACAAGACUCAGAAAUCAUUCGCCUUUGCCACGCCCAGCUUCGGCAGCGGCGCCGCCCAGUCGGCAUCCUUCGGCGGUUUCGGCGCGAAGCCGACCGCAGCAGCUGACUCCUCUUCCGCUAGCGCUUCGACGUUGUUCGGUUCUGCCAAUCAGAACCAAGUUAGCGCGUUCGGGUCGGCUGCUGCGACCGCCCCCCAAAGCUCCGCUCCCAACGGACUGUUUAAUUUUGGUGCGAGCGGACAGGGAGCCAGCCAGAAGGCGGUGUUUAGUUUCGGCGCCGCUGACCAGAACGGGCCCAAGGAGGGACAGACGGGGUUCUCGUUUGGAUCCAAUACGUCGACUGCGCCGGCCGCGCCGGCAAGUUUUAACUUCUCCGGUCCUGCGCCAUCUUUCGACGCUACCGCGAAGCCAGUAUUCAACUUUACUGGGAGCAGUAACGUACCAACGUUCUCUGCCCCACCCGUGCAAGAGGGUAUGCCCAAAAGGAUAAUAAAGAAAGCCAUCAGGAGGGUACGAUAGACGACGGAUGGUUGUUUCAGAGUCACGAGAAGAAAAUAUAAAACAGAGACAAUGUACAUAGUUCGGAAUAAGUGAGUACACUAGUUGGACAGAAUAAAGAGUUUGAACGCGAAAGAAAGAGAUGCUUGAGGAAAAAGUGUGUUUUGUUUUUGCGAGUACGAGACAAAAUAAAAAAAAAUGAUCGCGAGGGUUAUUUUUGCUUAGGACAAACUUUUUUAGCUGUAGAUUGAACUAAUAAUUCUAUAUAACAAAUUAAACGUUGAGACGUCGAAACUGUCGGUGAAUUUCAAUCGACCGUACUUUUCUAAUCUAAAUCGUUUGAACUACUCUUAAAAAUAAACAAGGUAUUGAUUGUUGAUUUUGAAUUUCCCGCCAAUUCCUGCGAUUCUAGCGCUUUGGUGGCGGGAAUUCGAAUCAUAUGCUACUCCCCCCCUUGUGCUUUACUAUUUUAUUUGAAUUUUAUUUGUUACUUGAUUAAUUGUUAUAAUCGAGAAAAAAAUAUGUUUAUAAAUGUACACUAGUUAUACCCAGUUAAACCGACAUUUAAUAAAAUUGUACAACUCUAAAUCAGAAUUAUCUAACCAUACAAAAGCGAUACGGAAAAAAUUAGACCUUUUUCAGUGUACAGUGUGGACCAUUUUGGUUGUUUCUAUAGGGUAUCUAGGAAACCGUGAGAAAUAUUCAAAUUUUGAUACUGCAGUCUUGGGUUCUUUUUUUGAAAAAAUCACA